AUGUUAUGGAAUAAAAGAAAAUUGAAAGAUGGGAACUUUAGGAAGUUCGUCUUUUCUAAGCUUCAUACUGUAACACUUUUUUUUGUGUUGUAUCUUUUAUUAUUAGAUAUACACCUGUCAAAAUGUAACAAUGUCUUUGGAUAUCAAUCUUGUAAGACAUUCUCUCGUAAUUUAGCCCACAAAAGCAAUGAUGAAAGUAGAAAAAUGCAAACAGGAUGGCAAGGUAUAAGGGUGAAAGAGGAUGAAAAAAAUAAAGAAAUAGUAAAGUGCAAUAUGCAUAAAAAAAAACGUGCAUCUAUUGCGCACGAAAUGCUUGAAAAAAAAAAAUUAAUAAUGGAGGAGAAAAUGAAAAAAAAUUGGCGUGCAGAUAAGGAAAGAAAAGCGAAUGAAAAUGAGCAUACAACAAUGAGGACAGAAAUAAGUAAUAAAAAUCAAAAAAUUACAAGGGCAACAAAAGAAGAUACAAUAGAGGGAAAAAAUCAAGAAUUAAUGGAGAGGAAAAAAGGAGAAACGAUGCAAGAAAAAAAGCAAGGAACAAUAGAGGGUAAAUCAGAAAAAAUGAUGCAAGAAGAAAAGCAAGAUGUAAUGAAAACCAGAAAAGUAAAAGAGGAAGAAGACGAUGAAGAAGAAGACGAUGAGGAAGAAGACGAAGAGGAAGAAGACGAUGAGGAAGAGGAAGAUGAUGAGGAAGAAGAAGAUGAUGAAACGAUGGAAGAUAAAAUUCGUGAAAAAAAGGAAGUAGGGCAGAAUUGCUUGACUGUAAAUAAGCAGGAAACAAUGGGAAAAAAAGAAGAUAAGAUUGUGGAAAAAAUGGAAGAAACGUUGAAGAAGAAAAAGGAAGAACAUAUUGGAGAAAGAAAAGAGGAAACUAUCGAGGAAAAGACUCCUGAAAAAAAGGAAGAAACAAUUGAAGAAAAAGAGCAAGAAGUAAUGUGGGAAGAAGUGAUGGAAAGAAUAGGAAUAAAAAUGGAUGAUAUAAAAGAAAAAACAAUAAAAAAAAAAAAAGAAGAAACAAUGGAAGAAAACAAAGAAGAAACGAUGAAAGAAAAAGAAGAAAUAAUGGAAGAAAAAAAAGAAGAAAUAAUGGAGGGAAAAAAAGAAGAAACAGUAGAAGAGAGAAAGGAAGAAAACGCGGAAGAGAAAAAGGAAGAAAACGUGGAAGAGAAAAAGGAAGAAAAUGUGGACGAGAAAAAGGAAGAAAACGUGGAAGAGAAAAAGGAAGAAAACGUGAAAGAGAAAAAGGAAGAAAACGUAGAAGAGAAAAAAGAAGAAACUAUAGAGGAGAAAAAACCUGAAAAAAAGGAAAAAACAGUGAGUAAAAAUAAAGAGGAUACCUCGUUAAGAAAAUUCCUUCGUAAUAUAGAUGAAAGUAAGUUAGAUGAUAUAAUAGAUAAGAUAUUGGGGAAAAUGAAUGACAAAAUGACAGAGAAGAAUGAAAUACAAACAAAUAAUGGAAAUUAUCUAAGAAUGUUAUCAAAGUAUAAUGUUCCUGAUAUUUCACAAGAUACCGAUGAUGGUGGUUGUUAUGUUAUAGAUAAUAAUUUGAAGGGUGGAUCUGUUGCAAUAAAUGAUCUAACUAAUAAGAUGUUCAGUUAUCCUUAUUUUUCUAAUAAUUUUUCAUCUCCAAUGCAUUUAAACGACAAAAAAUUGUGUAGAACGAUAAUUACAUUAAGUAAAGAUACAGCAAAGGAAGAUUUAUUUCCUAUUUGGAAACUAUUUUGUUGGAAUAAGAGAAAUAAAUAUGUUAUUAUAUUAGAUGAACUAAUGAGUGAAUAUGAUGGAUUAAGAAGAAACUAUAGCAAGUAUGAACAUUUAACAAAACGUCGUUGGAAAAAAUGUUAUAAAAAAUUUAAAAAAAUUGUAAAUGCGGAAGAAGCUUCUCUUAACAAGGAAUUUAUUUCUUUGAUUAAUAACAAAUCAGUAUCAUUAGAUCAAUGUAAAGAAUUUUUGCUUAAAAGUAUAAAAACAGCUAAUAAAUUCCUUAAAAAUACCAAAGUUUACUGCAGAAAUAUUUUACAAAAAGAUAUAUAG